AUGGCGGGGGCCAGCGACCCCCACCCCUGGUUCAUGGUGGUCCACGAGGCUGCUGCCGCGGUGGGUCCGCGGCUCGGGCGCGCCGCGGUAAAACCCGGACGGGGCGAGGUGGCGACUCCGGGGUGGCUGCCCGCCACGCGCAAGGGCUGCGUGCCACACCUCACCCCGGACCUCCUCGCCCGCGUGCCCCACCUCGACGCCCUCCAGCUGCCACUCCAGGACUUCUAUCCGGACACGGCGGCGCUGCGGGGCUUCGGGAAGGGCGUGGGCGCCUUUGUCGUCGAUCCGGACCACUCCUUCUUCCUCACCGCUUUUGCUGAUGGUGGUGCUGCUCCGGAGAGGGGCGGCUGCGCAGUGCGGGAGGUGACGGCGCACGAGGAGGGCACGAUCGCGAAGGAGGGCGUGGCGGUGCGCACGGGCGGCGGGCGCACGGUGGUGGGCGUGGCGGCCUACAUGGACCACGUGCUGGCCCUCGGCCCCGACGCCUUCGCGAGCCUCGCGCCCGAGAUCUCGUGCCUGUCCUCGCGCAAGCAGACCCAAAAGGCCCACGAACUCACCCUCCAGUGGCUCGACACCUGCCUCCAGCGAUUACCCCGGGAGAGCGGAAUGCGGGUGUUGGGCGUGGUGGGCGGGGGCAGGCACGUUGACCUGCGCGUGCGAUCGGCGCAGGAGACGGUGAAGCGCAAUGUCGACGGAUUCCUGCUUUCUGGCUUCGGGUUGGGCGAGUCGUUCGCCGAGCGCGAGACCCUCCUUGCCGCCAUCGUCAAGGAGCUCCCGCCCCACCACCUGCGCAUGGUGGCCGGUGUGGGCGCCCCGCUGGAGGUCCUGCAGUGCGUGGAGCAGGGCGUGGACCUCAUCAACAGCGCCUACCCGACCAUGGCCACCGAGCUUGGCCAGGCCCUCAACUUUUCCUUCCUCGGCGUUUCCGCCGCCGCCGCCGAAGGUGGGGUCCAAAUCCAGGUGGGGCGGCCCUACAUGGAGGACGCGCUCAAGGUGAACGUGCGGGAACGGGCCUACAAGCUGGACCCGCGGCCCAUCUCGCUGGGGUGCGAGUGCUACACGUGCACCCACCACUCGAUCGGCUACAUCCACCACCUCCUCUCCACCCACGAGAUGCUGGCCUCCGUCCUCCUCAACAUUCAUAACACGCACCAGUACAGCCUGUUCUUCGAGGCCAUCCGGACGCACGUACGUGCAGGCACUCUCGGCGAGCUCAAGCGCCGACUCCUCGAUGCCCUCAAGCACGGACGUUGA